AUGCCCUGUGACAUGGGAAAAGUGAAUGUCACCGUGCAGGUUACCAUCCCCUUUGACAUGGGAAGUUUCUCAAGACAGCAAUUCAAGUCGAUCAAGCUCGAAGAACUAGUGGAAACACCAUGGAGGAAGCCAGAGGCAGUGCCCACAAUGGAAAACGAACCUUCACAACCGCUAGGGUAUCCAAAAGCCAUUAGUUAUAUAAUUAUGGCACCCGGUCUGGAGGACCUUGCUUUCGUCCCAAACUUCGGAGAGAUCGCGUAUCAUGCGAAGGGAACAUAUUUAUCUAUGGGAGGGACUGCGAUCCUAGAACGUUUGCCAUCUGGAAAUGUGGCUAAGACACCGCUGUCGAACCCAUAUUCCCAGCGCCUGAAUGAGCGCCACAGGCAAAGUAUGCGUGUCGAGGCUCAUGUUUAUGAGUGUCUCAAUGGCCAUCCGCGCAUACCAAAGCUGAUUGAUUGGGACCCAGUCGCCUGUUGCUUGACACUUGAGUAUUUCGAAAACGGGAGCCUUGGCGAUUUCGUAGGAAGAAAUGACCAAUCAAUAGACGAUUGCAUGAGGAGCAAAUGGGCAAGACAGGCGGCCGAAGGUAUCCAGCUGCUUCACCAUCACAAUGUCAUCCAUAGUGAUAUAUCGCCUAACAACUUCCUCCUCGACUCGAACCUGGACUUGAAAAUCUCGGAUUUCGCUGGCUCCUCUGUUUGCGGUUCACCAGGUUCUGCUCUUCCCGGCAUAAGCUAUCGUGAUCCAAGUAUUGAGUUUUAUGUUCUUCGAUGCUCGGACGACAUUUUCAGCCUGGGCUCGGUGAUAUAUUUUAUUAUGACCGGCAAACACCCUUGUUAG